GUGGGCUGUGUGGCUGGAGAUGAGGAGUCCUACAAGGUCUUCAAAGACUUGAUGGACCUUGUGAUUCAGGACAGACAUGGAGGAUACAAACCAGGAGAUAUGCACAAAACUGACCUCAACCCAGAGCACCUGAGGGGGGGCCAAGACCUCGACUCAAGAUACGUUCUGAGUUGCCGAGUCCGAACAGGCCGCAGCAUCCGUGGCUUCUGCCUGCCGCCGCUCUGCACCCGUGGGGAAAGGCGCGCUUUGGAGAAGCUUUUCAUUGGAGCUCUAGAUACACUAACUGGGGACCUGCAAGGGAAAUAUUAUGCCUUGAAGAACAUGACUGAGCAAGAGCAGCAGGAGCUAAUCAAUGACCACUUCCUUUUUGACAAGCCAGUAUCCCCUCUGCUGGUUGCUUCAGGAAUGGCCCGCGACUGGCCCGAUGGCAGAGGCAUCUGGUAA